UCUCACUCGAGAAAUUUAAAAAGAACGAUUAAUAUCUCGGGCCACGGAGCAGAGCGACACAUAUUUCUGUCAGAUUCUUUGCGUCGAACAAGGCCAAUUUUAUUGAUUUUUGAAGUGCGGGAAGGUAGUCUAAAUCUUUACCAAAAUCAACGCAUCUUUGAAGUUAAAACAAGCGCUUACUGUCACCAGUAUCUCCACAGUGGCGCAGUGUUGCGUGGUUGUUACAGUUUUCUUAGUCUGAAUAGUCAACUUUGACGACUAAUAUCUCUGUUCGCAAGGCAGAGCAAUGCUCUUUUCUAUCAGAUUCUUUCGUUCUGUCUCAAGGAAAGCGAUAUCAUGAAUGUCCUUACACGAUGUCCCGGAUUAUACUGUGGCAGGGAAUUGCUGCCGGAUGGAAAUUGGAGCAAUUGUGGAGCUUGUCCGCGUGGCUUCCGCGCUAACGCCUCAUCGGCAUGCGAACCCUGUGAGGACGCGCCAAUGUUCUACGAUUGGCUGUACCUGGGCUUCAUGGUCCUGUUAGCUUUGGUGCUGCACUGGUUUUGCAUUGACAUGGUCGCAAUGCGUCGUAAUAUACCCAAAGAAGUGAUCGUCCUUCAUCUCUCUGCAUUAUUAGAAGUAGUCCUGGCGUCCCUCAUAGUCCUUCAGCUAACAGAUCCCAUUGGAUCGUUCAGCAUUAAAUCAUGCAAGGCAAAAAAGUUAUCGGACUGGUACACACUACUGCAUAAUCCGAAUCCUAAUUACGAAGCAACUUUACACUGCACGCAAGAGGCAAUUUAUCCAUUAUACACAAUGGUUUUUGUCUUCUACGCUUUAGGAAUAGUUCUCAUGCUGUUAAUAAGGCCACUAAUAGCUAAGAAAUUUUUACCAAAACAGGGAAAGUUUUCUAUUUAUGCAGCAUUAUAUUUCUAUCCAAUUCUCGCACUGCUCCAUGCCGUGGGAGGAGGUCUAAUAUAUUACUCCUUCCCUUACAUUCUUAUUAUCCUAUCGGUGCUUUCAAAUGCAGCGCAUUUCGCAUUUAAACUGAAUCAAACGGUAAAGUCAUUGUUGUUGAGUUCCAUCUCGGAUAUAAAGAAUGUGAUUGUUAUUUUGGGUCAUUGGUUGCUGCACGGAUAUGGCGUGAUAGCGGUUGCGACUCUUCGGGAAAUCACUAUUCAUCCCACAAUGUUGCUCCUAGUUGUAUUACCGGCUGUUUUUUAUAUUAUAACGGCAAAAUUCACUGAUCCACACAAACUGCAUAUUGAAUAAGUCUCCCCAGAACAAUAUACAUAUAUAUAGUGUUUAUACGUACUAUCUCCCGCAUGUUUAAAAUUAAUAUGAUUAGGCUGUGUAUUUAUUAUGUAAAAGUGAGUCUGCGGACAUAUACGUGAAAGUAUUAUGGGAUUCUUUUAAUAAAGAUUCUCUUUCAAUAAUUUAUGAAAUUUCGAAAAUGUAAAUGCCGUGGUAAAAAAAAGUUAAUAGAGAAUAGUUGGAUUUCUAUGAAUUUGUAUAGUUUUCUAUAAAUUUAUAUCAUUUUCUAUCGUCGAUCUCGCGAGCAUCACGAUUGAUCAGACAUGAAUUCUAUAUUUUAUCAAAAUUUGUACAAUAUUCCUAUAAGAUUUAAUUCAAAUCAGUGAAUUUACGAAUCAGAUUCCAUAUUCAAAACGAUGGGAUUCUUUUCUAUCAUUCUCUAUCAUCUUUUUUUACCAGAAUACAGUAUAAAGCCUCUAAAAGAAGUUAGCAAUUUUUGUAUUUGAUGUUUGCUACAUACGUAUAUAUUUCAUUUCAUGUACGUACAUCGAGAUAUAUUUCUUUUGCUACGCAAUAUAAUUGCUUGUACAUGGGUAUACAUAAGUAAAACAUUUUUUUCACGUUAUAGUUUGUUUCAAUAUACGAACGAAUGAAGCUUUUGCACAAAUCCAAGAAAUAACUUCGCCCAUUUUACUAUGAGUUCUAGAUUAUGACCUAGAUUAUGACAUUAAAUACAUUCGAUCUCUAUAUGCAUUUGUACAGGACAUUGAGAGA